GACGUAGCGCGAUGUGCGUCCACCUCCGGAAUACUCUACCGUCGAGUGUGAAAUUUCGAAGUGUUUAGAGGAGCUUGCAGAAUACGUUGAAAGAGAAUUCACUCGCUUGGCGUCGUGUAACUAUGUCGCAGGACGCGGGACAACCCAGCGUCGGCAGCGGUGAAGAGUCGGCCGAGCAGAGGACCGAAACUGCUGCCACCGACGCAACAGGCAAAACCAUGGCAGCGGAGGUGACACUCGCCGACGCCUUGUCCAACGUCGAUGUGUUGGACGAGUUGCCGCUGCCGGAUCAACAGCCCUGCAUCGAAGCCCUGCCUUGCAGCAUAGUCUAUCACGCCAACUUCGACACGAAUUUCGAAGACCGAAAUGCAUUCGUCACGGGAGUCGCCAAGUACAUUGAAGAAGCCACCGUCCAUGCCGAGCUUAAUGAAAUGCUUGAGCAAGGACAAGAGCAUGCGGUCAUGCUUUAUACGUGGAGGUGUUGCUCACGUGCCAUUCCACAGCCUAAGUCAAAUGAGCAACCAAAUAGGGUAGAGAUCUAUGAAAAGACAGUCGAAGUACUCGCACCCGAGGUGAACAAGCUGCUCAACUUCAUGUACUUUCAGAGGAGGGCCAUUGACCGGUUCACAGCUGAGGUUAGGAGGUUGUGCCAUGCCGAAAAACGGAAAGACUUCGUCUCGGAAGCCUACCUCUUAACCCUUGGCAAGUUCAUCAAUAUGUUCGCUGUGCUGGAUGAGCUGAAAAACAUGAAGUCAAGUGUGAAGAAUGACUAUGCAACUUACAGGAGGGCAGCCCAGUUCCUGAAAGUAAUGGCUGACUCUCAAGCGCUUCAGGAGUCGCAGAACCUGUCCAUGUUCCUUGCGACACAGAACAAGAUACGGGAUACGCUCAAGGAGACUCUGGAAAAAAUUGUUGGCUAUGAUGACCUCUUAGCAGACAUUGUCAACAUCUGCGUCCAAAUGUACGAGACCAAAAUGUACAUGCUGCCUGCAGAGAAGCACAUGCUAGUUAAAGUGAUGGGAUUUGGUCUCUUUCUAAUGGACGGAGAGGUGUGCAACAUCAACAAACAAGACCAGAAGAAACGGAUAAACAUCAGCAAGAUUGAUAAGAUAUUCAAGGCUCUGGAGAUGGUGCCACUGUUUGGAGACAUGCAGAUAGCACCAUUCCACUAUAUCAAGUGCAGUCCGCACUAUGAGGCAUCCCGGUGGCCAUUGGCCAGUUCGAGCAGCCCCAGCCCUCAGUCCGACCUGCUGCAGCAUCUGCCAGCCAUACGUGACGACUACGAACGCUACAUCAGCGAACUCGCACGUCACAGCAACGAGGUUACGACAACUGUAAAAGAAACACCACGAACUGAUGCAGAGAACAAGGAGCUCAAUGACCUAGCUCUUAGGGGCCUCCAACUCCUGUCUGACUGGACAACUCAUGUCACGGAGCUCUACUCGUGGAAAUUGAUGCACCCUACUGACCCACAUCAGAACAAGGAAUGUCCGCAGGAGGCUGAGGAGUACGAGCGAGCCACACGCUACAACUAUAACGAAGAAGAAAAGUUUGGCUUGAUCGAAGUGAUAGCCAUGGUAAAAGGACUACAGGUUCUCAUGAGUCGAAUGGAGACAGUCUUCACAGAUGCCGUCCGGCGACAUGUGUAUUACGAACUGCAGGGAUUUGUGCAGCACACUUUGCGAGAACCGCUGCGGAAAGCCGUGAAGAACAAGAGGGACCUCGUCCGCAGCAUCAUCAUGUCUGUUCGAGAGACGUGUGCUGACUGGAAGCGUGGGACGGAACCCAACGAGGACCCAGCUCUCAGGGGGAAGAAAGACCCUGACAAUGGAUUUGACAUUUCUGCACCGCGGAGAAAUGUUGGCCCUUCCAGCACACAGUUGUACAUGGUGCGCACAAUGCUGGAGUCUCUGAUUGCCGACAAGAGUGGUGGCAAGCGGACCCUGCGCAAGGACAUCGACGGCCCCUCCCUCAUGGAGAUCGACAGGUUCCACAAGGGAUCUUUCUACUGGAACUACUUACUCAACUUUAGCCAGACGUUACAAGAGUGUUGUGACCUGUCCCAGUUGUGGUACCGAGAAUUUUACUUGGAAAUGACAAUGGGAAAAAGAAUCCAGUUCCCGAUUGAAAUGUCCCUUCCGUGGAUCCUGACCGAUCACAUCCUGACCACAAAGAACCCUUCCAUGAUGGAGUGUGUGCUGUAUCCUUUGGACUUGUACAACGACAGUGCAUUCUACGCCCUCACUAAGUUCAAGAAACAGUUUCUCUACGAUGAGGUGGAGGCUGAAGUCAACCUGUGCUUUGACCAGUUUGCGUACAAACUAAGCGACCAAAUAUUUGCCUACUACAAGCACCUGGCCGGCAGCAUCCUGCUGGACAAGCGCUUCCGCGUGGAGUGUGCAAGCAACUCAACCAUGUUUGCCUACCCCGUGGCCAACCGGUACGAGACUCUGUUGCGGCAGCGACACGUGCAGCUGCUGGGCCGCUCGGUGGACCUGAACCGCCUUGUUGCCCAGCGGUUGGGUGCUGCACUGCAACGAAGCCUGGAGCUUGCCGUUGCACGCUUCGAGGCGCAGGACAUUACGGGUGUUGUGGAACUUGAAGGCCUGCUGUCAGUAAAUCGUAUGACGCACAAGCUGCUGAGCAAGUUUGUCACCCUGGAUGACUUUGAUGCCAUGCUGAGAGAAGCAAACCACAACGUCCUGGCACCGUAUGGCCGUGUGUGUCUACAUGUCUUUUGGGAGCUCAACUACGACUUCCUGCCAAACUACUGUUACAAUGCUGCUACAAACAGGUUUGUCAAGGUGAAGGACAUCACCCUGACACAACCUGUGACUAGGGAAAAGAUGCCCAGUGCCCAGCCUCACUACAUCUAUGGCACUAAGACGUUGAACUCUGCGUACCAGCAAAUCUACAGCCUGUACAGUGGCUUCGUGGGUGCCCCCCACUUUCGUGCUAUCUGCCGGCUCCUGGGCUACCAGGGCAUUGCCGUCGUCAUGGAGGAACUGCUCAAAAUCGUCAAGAGCCUGAUCCAAGGUACCCUGCUGCAGUACACGAAAACCCUCCUAAAAGUAAUGCCCAAGCACUGUAGGCUCCCACGCUAUGACUAUGGUUCCCCUGGUAUCCUUGGCUACUACCAUGCUCAACUGAACGACAUUGUGCAGUACCCCGAUGUGAAGACUGAAAUGUUCCAAAGCUUUCGGGAGGUUGGCAAUGCCAUACUGUUCUGCCUUCUCAUAGAACAGAGCUUGUCGCAGGAAGAAGUGUGUGACCUCCAGCAUGCCGCACCAUUCCAGAACAUUCUGCCAAGACCUUACUGCAAAGAUGGAGAGAAACCAGAGACCAAGUUAAAGCGUCUUGAAGCCAAGUACGGUCCACUGCAGGUGGUGCAGACUAUCGAGCGCCUUGGAACACCAAAGCAAGCCAGCAUAGCCAAGGAGGGAGACCUCCUAACGAAGGAGCGCCUGUGCUGUGGCCUGUCAGUGUUCGAGGUUAUCCUGACACGCAUCAAGUCGUACCUGGACGACCCCCUGUGGGUGGGGCCGCCCCCGGCCAAUGGGGUGAUGAACGUGGAGGAGUGCACAGAGUUCCACCGCCUGUGGAGCGCCCUGCAGUUUGUCUACUGCAUCCCCGUCGGCGAGAACGAGUUCACCGUCGAGCAACUGUUUGGGGAAGGAUUGCACUGGGCUGGCUGUGCCAUGAUUGUGCUGCUGGGGCAACAGCGUCGCUUUGAGGCCCUCGACUUCUGCUAUCACAUUCUGCGAGUUCAGCGAGUUGAUGGCAAGGACGAGCUGGUCAAGGGCAUUCCUCUGAAGAGGAUGGUGGAUCGCAUCCGACGUUUCCAAGUGCUCAACUCUCAGAUAUUUGCUGUGUUGAACAAAUAUCUGAAGACGAGCGAUGCUGACAGCUUGCCUGUGGAGCAUGUGCGCUGCUAUCCACCACCUAUUCACCAAUCACUCGCAGCCUCGAGACCUCCACCAGGCACCAUUUACAUGCGUGCUGAUGCUGUCCUUAAGUAAUGGCCCUACUUCCACUACCAUCUUCAUCCACGUGAUCGUGCCGGGCUGGAGAGUUGCGGAACCACGAUAAUCACGGGCAUUUGCUUACUGUGAAGUUGCACGCGUGCGGUCUGGGAAGAAGUAUAAUGUCACAUGUUGCAUUCGUGCGACACAUAUGCAUCGGCUGCGGUACUUUAGCGAUUGUCCAAUUUGCCAUUGCAACUCGGUGACUUUCACGAUCAAUCCUGGUACUUUCGCAUUUCGCAUGAAGUUUUAGCGUUCUCAGAAUGUGAGAUGAUUGUGUGUACGCCUGCGUGGACAUUGAAAAAUAACCUGGCCCCAAUGCCUGUGUGUGUACUCUUGGUUGCUCAUGCAAGAUUGAGGAGCCUGUGGCCAAUGUUCAACUAUCAUGCAAACGCAUACUGUUCUCUGAGUAAUUGAUAACCACCAGUUGUGUAAGCCUUUAGUGAGGAGAGGACAACAUUCCAAACAUGAUUCCAUUCUUUCAUGAUGGACAUAUCUGGUGGCAGGAGAAUUUGCACCAACAGCAUAAGCGCUUGCCUGUUACUAGGCUACAUGGUAACAUCAUUGUUUGCGCAAGUGCAGUAGUUUAUAGUAUAAUUGACCUUGUGCAAGAGUAUAGCAUUGCACAGCUAGGUUUAGGAGAGUGUUUAUAUCAAAUGCAGUUACCUGAACAUUGAAUUGAAGCAGCAUUGCGCAUGUCAUGUGGGCAAAGCUUAAUGUGUCAAUUUUUUGCUUCGCUGCAGCAAAGUGUGUUCGACAGAGUUUCACUGAUGAUUUUGGUUGUGAAGUCGGGGGUGGGGGGGGGGGGGGGCUUUCAUGUAAUGUUGCCCUUGUGCCUCAGUGUGUACUUUGUAUACUGCUGUUCGUGUUUCAUUUUAGUGCUGCUGGCAUAAUUGGAGAUAACACUUUUAAAUAAUUCCAGUGCACUUCCCCUUCCCACACAGUUAAAGAAAAAUCUGUUUAAGUAAAUCACAUAGGUUUCAUCAAGGCGUUCUUUUUUUAAGUGCCAUUGAAAACGUAAAACAGCUAAGUCAUGUACAUGUCUUGUGACAAAAUAAUGUAAAAGCAGGGAAUACUGCUUCUUGGAUUGUUCUUUGGUUAUGUGCCAAUGCUAGAUAUUGAGUUGAAAGGGACCCUAAAACGGUUUUGAUGAAUUUUUAUAAAUCAUUUGAGGGUGGUAGUGCACGUCCUUGGAAUCGUUAGCAGAGUUAUUUAAGCACUCCGUGUGUUGUGUGUAACUUAUUAUAAAGUUCUAAACACGCAUAUAGUUACAGAUUACAGUGGCAGCGCCACAUCAUGUCUACAGCAACUCCUGUUUUGGAACUUGUCAAUGCCUUGCAACAUUGCUUGUGUGACUAAUCUGAUUGGCUUCUCAGCGUUUGUACCAGAGGAGAAAACACGAGCAGCUUAAAGUCCCUGAAAAAUAACUAAAGUAGUGCCAUUCGUGUCAGUGUACAGGCACCCCUUCUCCCGUGCGCUUUGUAUAUCGCAGUUGAAGUUAGUUGAGCUGCGAAGCUCGCAGAGCAUGGCUUUUGGCCGGAAAGAGAGGCUUGUGCAGUUCUUCCGCUAGAGCGCCCGGGGUCGCUGCAGUUCUAAGUGACGCAGUUGGAAAACUCCGUGAAAUAAAGGGUAUGAAAAAAAAAAUCUCGCCAUAUCCACGAAGUGAAUGAUUGAGGAGCUGGCUCGGAGAAGAUCGGGAAAACCCGUGAAUCUUCCGUAUAAGUCCUCUACUAUCAUAUGAAGACGUGACACACGUUAUAUAUACAUAUAUACACAAUGUUUUAUUAAUUUACAAUUUUGAUGAACUAUAUACACAAUUUACAACUUAUAUACAUAUUGAGAAGUAUAUAUACAAGAAAUAUCUAAGAGCGUCUGAUUCUCCAUUGUUGACACUUGCAGAUGCAACGCUCCUAAUGUUCUUUCAAUUUGGAAACUGCCCCCGAGGCGGGCACAACAAAGUGGCCCUAAAAGUAGCUGUCUGACGCUCGCCCUUUGAGAAUUAACGGCCGGGCUAGAGGGAAGACACGGCGCACGUAGCGUUUCUCUUCGCGUUCGACGACGCUCUGAAUGGAUGGAUGCAGGUUACAGCACGGGAAUUCGCCCCAGCUUAAGAACCUGGCGAGCCAGCUCCUAAUAGCGAUAAAUACGGCACUGUAAUGUAUACCGAAGGAAGUGGCGCCUUUUCAUGGUGUCCGACAGCAUAAAAUUGUACGGUACGUAAUCUUUUAGUGCGCAAAAGUGCUCGCUCCUGAUGGCAGCGCCACUGCAAACUCGGCGGCGCAAAGAAAUCGCUAGAGUGGCGCACUAGCUUUUUAGAAGGUUGUCCAAGCGCCAUCUUGUUCGUCCUCGUCUGGGUUGUUUACUUGAUCAAUGCACGGUGCGUGGUCGGCCGUGCUUGAGCCGGUUCAUACGGUGGUUCUGGAUGCUUCAGGAUGCCAACCUGCUGUGCCAGUGGCACCAACCACUGGUACAACAGCAGAAAGAAGUGGUUUUCACUACAGCGGGUAAAAUCCGUAGCUUCCCAGAGGACACCAUAGAGGCGUUGCUGCAGCUGCUAGGAGAGGAGGCGAAGGGACACAGUUGGCGCUACUUUAUAUUUUUGAGGGACUUUAGAGCAGCUGGGUUUGUGGUGGCACCUGGUGGCACAGAGAUCAACUAACCAGGCAUGGAGUGUUGUAGCCUUCGUGAUCUGCCCUGCACUGGCAGAUAAUCGCGCCAGGAAAAGCUUAGCCGUGACCCCUGACCACUCAGUGAAGAAGUCGAGAAGAAAAAG